AGUAACCAAUGGGGUGAAUUCUUUAGACCCUGCUCUCCAAACAAAGCAGGAAACUCUUAUGGCUUGUGGCAUGUCACCUCCAACGCAGUCAUUACCAAUGUCAUCUGCUGGAAGCUUAGAUGUUAAUAGUCUGAGUUACAGGUUCAGGUACAUUUUGAAAGCUGCAACUUCUCCUACAAGGAGACUUGAAGAAGACUCCCUAACUUAUCUUAAUCAAGGGCAGGCAUAUUUGUUGGAAAUGAUGUGCCUACCAUUAGAGGCUGCCAAAUUUGAAGGCAAACAUUUAAAAAGCACAAUAAAGCUGUGCUUUUAUGAGAGAAAACUUCAAGUCCAAGAAUCUGAAAAAUAUGAGGAGUGGAAAAACAACCGACCAGCUGACAGAAUGUUGGAAAUAGAUGUUCCCAUGUCAAGUGGUGUUUCAAACAUCAGAAGCAAAGGAAACUUGUUUAAUUGUUACGAAUUUGAGUGGGAUCCAAGCAAGGGAGCAGGAGUUUAUGUCAUUGUAAGCAUUGUAUGGUAUUUUUUUAAAGCUGGAAGCCAGUCUGCAAUGUCUGCAUUGCGGCUGUCAGAUCAGUUGAGACCCACAAAUGCAUUUACAGAACUAACAGAACUUCCGCUUAUUAUAGAAGAGGACAACAAUUCUUGCUGGAUGUCUCCAGGGUCAGUGGCUGGUUCAAUGUCUUCUCCAUCCUCAGGGGGCCAAGUCAUGUCAACAACCCUGUCGUCACCCUCAUCAGUAAUGUCUUCACCACCUCCGACCCUGCAGAUGUCGUCAUCUAGUAGUGGGCUGUCCAAUUCACCCUCCACAACAUGUGGAAUGGGACUAACAUCGGAUUCUUCUGUGGAUGAAACAAGAGUUUGGUUGCAAAAUAACAGAUUUCAAAACUACCUGAACAUGUUUGCUAACUACACAGGAGGUGAUCUGCUUAGAUUGACCAAACAAGAUAUGAUUCAAAUCAUGGGGCCUGCUGAUGGUAUACGCUUACAUAAUGCACUUCAAGCAAGGGCUGUGCGUCCACUUUUAACAAUGUACAUUUGCCUGGAAUCAGCCCAGCAGAACUCAGGAAUGAAAGAAUACCAUGCCAUGUUUCUUGAAGCUCUUAGCCUCAGUGAAUUAAGGAAGAAAUUGGCAUUAAAAUGUAACCUUAAUGCUGAGCAGAUUGUCGCUAUAUACACCUUCAGACAAGGGCCAACAGAAAUUUAUGUUUUAGUUGAUGAUGAGAUGGUGAGGAAUUUUGCGGAUGAAGGACAUUUUAUUGUACAACUAGUCAGAGAAGAUGACAAUACAUACCAACUGAUUUUAAAGUAAAACCAGGGAAUUACCAGGCCAAGUCCAUGAAUUCAUAGCAAGAUACAACCAAUGCAGUUUGCUGUUUAUGUAGUGGAUAUGAAUGACUGUUGGCCAAAAUGAAGCAACCUCACCUGAAGGAAUAUUUGGAAAGAGUUGCUUUCCUUAGAAAGGAAUAGUCAACAUUGGUUGAGGUGGAGAGAGACAAUUCAGGAUUUAAACAUAAUUUUGCCCACACUAUAUUUAUGGAGCAACACUGGAGUGAUCAUGGAGCAGUUGAUAGAACUAUUUUUAGAUGUUUUGCAAUAUUGUUUCAGUAUUGGGAGUUUUUCGAUAAACAUUGCUGGUGGAAACCUGGUGGACAUUAUCAUGCUAACUAACAAUAUUGACAAAAUCAUGGAGACAUCAUUUGUUGAGAUGGGAUUCCACAUCUCAAGGCACAUUAAUUCAUAUGUCCAUUGUUCCAGUUGAAUAUUUCUUGGGCAUCAAAUGAUAGGAAAGUAGUUGCAUUUAUGAUGCCUAAUGCACUGAGGAGAAGAGAGAAAAGCAUUGUUACAAAACAUGUACCUAAUAGGGCCAUUCAGUGUGUAGAUAUGACGGCCAGUCACAGGGGCCAUAUACCCAUGUGCCUCAUACUAACCAAGAGGAAGGUCUGUGUUGUACAUUUCAAACCAGAUUUAACCCCUUCAAAUUAUGGCCCAAAUGUGUCACACUUGGGGAAAAUUGAUGAUUACAGUGCAGACAAGAAGAUGAGGACAGCAAGAACUUUCUGACUCUUCUUUGUGUCUGACUGAUUUGGGAAAUGAUCUCUAGUCACACCAAACAGAUUCAAAUGAAAUCAAAAUUGUUUUCAGUUGCUGGAAGGUGUAUGUUAACACACAACUCUAAGGAGAACAAAUAGAUUUUAACUUUUACCUUUUGCAGAAAGUCAGGAGCAAUCGGCAAUAGAUAAGGAGAGAUUUUUACAGCAAAGAUAUGUUUUACCAGUAACUCUAAUCUACUGUGUGGCCUGCAAAGUUAGCCAACCACAGGUGCAUAUUGACUGGAAGAUACAGUGGGAUACCCUGUUGCAAUCUUUGUUUCUGUUUCGUAACAAGUUUAUGUCUCAAAACGUUCUGUUAUCAGAAGUAACUGAUCUACUUAUAUCCAUUUAAUAAUUUUUAAAAAAUGGCAAUAACUUUUGGCUCAUGACAAGAAAAUUUGCUACAAGUUUUUCCACCAGAGGAAAACUUGUACAAUGUGUCUUUUGAUGGCUCAGCAAAAUUUGAGAGUGGAUAAAAAAUUGCCCAUAAUGUUAUGCCACUGUUAGGCCACUAAGAAAAAAAUAUAUUUAAUUACUCAGAACUUAUUGAAAUUGUAAUAUCAUGUAUGAUAUUGAUACUCAAGCUUAAAGCUGGGUAUUUGGUUUUGUUGGUUUUAAGGUAUAAGUUUCAUCACCUGUAAGGUAUUUUAUACAUCAGCAUUCACCCUUCAAGCACUUUGGAUUUUUUUUUAUCUAAUUGCAUGAUGCAAAGAAUCAAAUGAAAGUUAUGCAAUCUUUCCACACAUUGCUUUCUUUUUAGUUAUAACAUGACCAUUCUUCUACACCAUUAAUCAAAACUAGGACAAAAUUCCCAGUCAUGAUUAGUCAUCACCAUUGAAAUUUAUGCUGCAUUCAUACAUGCAAUUAUACAAUCAGAGUCCUGCUUCACACUCCUCUGAUUUGGUUAACCACCAGACUGUAUGAGUACUAAUUAAUAGGAGUGAGAGGAGUUGAAGUGGGUCUGUAAUCAUACAAGUGUUUAACAAAAUCGAUUGACCCCAAAGAGGUAGUCUGGUCUAUUAAUUUACAAGUAUGAUUGCAGACAGAAUUGGACAACACAAAGUUCUGUAACCAUUUAAUCAAACUAUGACAAAUUGUAAGAAACAAACUAGCUACUGAUUAUAUAUAUUCACCAAAAAAACAACAGUGUGCACAUGUGACGCAGACUGUUCAGUUACAUAAGCAUGAUCCAUACAUUGUCCAAUUACAAGCACAAUGCAUACUCUACCCUAAUGGUGCUCAAAUGAGGCCGGUGAGAACCAAUCACAUGUAAGAAUUUUGUUCUAGUUUUGAUUAAGAACCAAAUUGAACUCCUCAUAGCCCAUCACCACUACAAAUAACUUGGCCAAAACAUUUUCUAACUUACGUUGUGUGUAGAUUCACAGGGUAAUAUAAAACAAUCUCAGUGAUGGUGAGGGAUGUAUUUCAGCAGAGAAAACACUUUAUUUCCUCCUGUUACGUGAUAAAUAAUAAAUUAUUAUUUGCUAAAUAUA